AAGGUUUGUUAGGUCGUAACACUUUCUUCCCUUGCGUUUUCUACAGGCAAUGGAUUUCCCCGGGCACUUUGAGCAGCUCUUUCAGCAGCUGAACUACCAGAGACUCCAUGGCCAGCUCUGUGACUGCGUCAUCGUGGUGGGCAACAGGCAUUUCAAAGCCCACCGCUCCGUGCUGGCCGCGUGCAGCACGCAUUUCCGAGCGCUGUUCUCAGUGGCGGAGGGAGAUCAGAGCAUGAACAUGAUCCAGCUGGACAGCGAGGUGGUGACGGCAGAGGCCUUCGCUGCGCUGAUUGACAUGAUGUACACCUCCACCCUCAUGCUAGGGGAGAGCAACGUUAUGGAUGUCUUAUUGGCAGCCUCUCACCUGCAUUUGAACUCUGUCGUUAAGGCAUGUAAACAUUACCUGACGACAAGGACGCUGCCCAUGUCCCCCCCCAGCGAGCGUGCUCAGGAGCAGAGUGCCCGCAUGCAGCGCUCCUUCAUGCUGCAGCAGCUGGGGCUGAGCAUCGUGAGCUCAGCUCUCAGCUCCAGCCAGAGCGCCGAGGAGCCAGCAGCCCCCAUGAGCUCUGCCAUGCGCAGCAACCUGGACCAGCGGACGCCCUUCCCCAUAAGACGCCUUCACAAGCGCAAGCAGUCCGUAGAGGAACGGGCCCGGCAGCGCCUCCGGUCCUCUAUGGACGAAACUGCCAUCUCGGAUGUUACUCCUGAGAGUGGGCCUCCAGGAAUCCAUUCCCGGGAAGAAUUCUUCUCACCGGAUUCUCUGAAAAUUGUGGAUAAUCCUAAACCCGAUGGGAUGGCUGACAACCAGGAAGACGGUGCUAUGAUGUUUGAUCGGCCUUUUGGUGCUCAAGAAGAUGCCCAAGUUCCCAGCCAGUCAGAUGGCAGUGCUGGCAACAUGGCCUCUCGUGCGACUCAGGUUGAAACUAGUUUUGAACAAGAAGCUGUAGCUGAGAAAGGCAGUUUCCAGUGUGAAAACCCUGAGGUUGGCCUUGGGGAGAAGGAGCACAUGAGAGUGGUGGUGAAGGCCGAGCCCCUGAGCUCUCCCGAGCCACAGGACGAAGUAAGUGACGUGACCUCACAAGCCGAGGGCAGUGAGUCUGUGGAGGUGGAAGGCGUGGUGGUCAGUGCCGAGAAGAUAGACCUGAGCCCUGAGAGCAGCGACCGGAGCUUCUCAGACCCCCAGUCCAGCACCGACAGGGUUGGGGACAUCCACAUCUUGGAGGUCACAGACAACCUAGAACAUAAGGCCUCUUUCAGUAUUUCCAGUUUUCUCAACAAGAGCAGGGGCAGUAACUUCAGCACCAGCCAGAGCGCCGAUGACAACAUCCCCAACACCACUAGUGACUGCAGGCUGGAGGGCGAGGCCCCUUACCUGCUGAGUCCAGAGGCCGGGCCAGCAGGCGGGCCUUCCUCUGCACCUGGUUCCCAUGUGGAGAACCCGUUCAGUGAGCCCGCAGACUCCCACUUCGUCAGACCUAUGCAGGACGUGAUGGGCCUGCCGUGUGUGCAGCCCUCAGGCUACCAAGGAGAACAAUUUGGCAUGGAUUUCUCCAGGUCUGGCUUGGGCCUCCACCACUCCUUCUCCAGGGCAAUGAUGGGUUCCCCAAGAGGGGGAGCCAGUAACUUUCCGUACUACCGACGCAUAGCUCCAAAAAUGCCAGUUGUAACUUCUGUCAGGAGCUCACAGCUCCCUGAAAACUCAGCUAGUUCCCAGCUAAUGAUGAACGGGGCCACCUCAUUUGAAAAUGGCCACCCUUCCCAGCCUGGCCCUCCGCAGUUGACCAGGGCAUCUGCCGAUGUCUUGUCAAAGUGCAAGAAGGCCUUAUCUGAGCACAAUGUCUUGGUUGUGGAGGGAGCUCGCAAGUAUGCCUGCAAAAUCUGCUGUAAAACCUUCCUGACCCUGACGGACUGCAAGAAGCACAUCCGAGUCCACACAGGAGAAAAGCCGUACGCCUGCCUCAAGUGUGGCAAGAGGUUCAGCCAGUCCAGCCACCUGUACAAACACUCGAAGACGACAUGCCUGCGCUGGCAAAGCAGCAACCUCCCCAGCACUUUGCUCUAACCACCUCUCCUCCUAAGACAGCACAUAGGCCACUUGUGUACUAAAACUGAAAUGGCUGUGGGCAGGCAGCUAUUGCCACUGGACUUGAGGGCUCAGCUGUCGCGGCU